GGAGUGAAAGCUUGAAUGUUUCUUCUGCGGCUACUGUUUGAUGUGUGUGAGCAGGAGAAGGAGAUUGUCGAGAAGCAGACUUUUUGGCUUAACGAGGAGUUGAAUGCUAAAGCUAACAGUUUAUUUGAGCUGCGCAGAAAGCACUCAGAAUUUGAAGCUGAUAUGUCUUCCAAGCUGGCAGAUAUGGAGAGACAAUUCAGCGAAAAUUCUAAAUCUCUGCAGUGGAAUAAGGAUAGAGUGAGGGAGCUUGAAAUGAAGCUUAGAUCCGUGCAAGAG